AUAUUUCUUUUUUUAAUUAGUUAAGUAGCUCUUCAAAACACAAGAUAAGAAGCAAAAUGUAAUAUUUGAGGAAACAAAUCUGUAAUAUAGUUAUGAUGCCGUUUAUACCCGAGUUAUCUGAACUAAUAACUGAGUUUAUGAACACUAGAGCAUCUAAGAGCUACUGAGACCCAAACCGGAACCAGCUGCAGCCCGGAUCAACUUUAGAAGAACCGUUUAUGUUUAUUAAAGCAGCUGAUUGGUCCUAUACUGCCACCUAGUGGCUUCAAGUGGAACCAUCCAAAACGGUUUGUCCUCCAGUACACAGAUGAACUACUGCCUCCUACAGGGCAACUCAGGCUCUGCAGCCGUCUCAGGAACAUUUCCAACCGUCUUCAGUUUUUCCUUCCAGUAAACGUUCUGGGCCAGGAGGAGUUCUAACAUCAGAAACAACUUCAGGAGAUAAACAUCCAAACAUCAGCAGCUUGAUGAAAACCAGACCAGCUGCAGUCAGGAUGACUUCACCAGAACCAGGUUUGGUGGACCAGGAGGUACUGUAGAGUUGUUGUUUGAAGGUCCAGCAGGACAGCAUCUGUCUGUUCCCACAGCAUUACUCAGACACCACCGUGAAUCACUGCUGACCCACUGGGACUGGUUCUGGUUCUGAUUCAGAGUUCCACAGCACAUCUUUGGCUUAUUGGGACCACUGGGAAGGUCCAUUUCGACUUCCGGGUCAUCCAGAAACUCUGGCCCUGGGAAUGUCUCAGUGGACACCAAAACCAGACAAAGAAUAAUUUCCUGUCCUCUUCAUCACCAUGACUCUGGGAGUGAUGAUGAUGAGCUGCAACCACUGGCCUCGAUUCUACAGAACUGGGUCAGAGGAGGUCACUGAAGGGGGCACCUUUCUACUGCCAGGUGCUGGUUCUGACCCAUCUUGGAUCACUGGAAGUGUUUGAUCUUCUGGAAACCGUCUGAGUUCAGUUGGACCCUCCAGAAUCCUGUUGGUUCUGUUCUGAAGGAGGAACCUAAAAGUUAACUGAAAAACACCCACACAUGUCGGCUAACAUGCAGGCACACGUCACACCCCGGAAACUAUUUCAAAAUAAAAGCCUCAUGGCCUCAUGCUGACGGAUUCCUGCUCUAGUGAAAAUGUUCUGCCGGUUCGACUCAUAAAACGAUAAUUAUUCUUUCAAUAAAACCAUCUUCAGAUGAACUUUAGGGGUUUUCUGCUUCAAGCGAUCCGAUCAAAACGGUAUGGCGGGAGCUUUUAUUUUGAAAGUAAUAUCAUCUUUGGGCGGAAGCAGUUUUCAUGCAGACUCACUUUACUUCAGCUAAAAGACUCCCAGGAACUUUCUGUCGGGCGGUACCGCUCCGGUCCGGUGCCGAACUGUUCGUUUGAAUGUUGAUGGUUCGGUUCGGAGCACGCUACUGUUUCACACCAAGAUCGCAGAACCGGAACCAGGUACCGAGCCAAGGUGAGUCCAUCAUCAGCGUAGUGAUCUGAGAUCCGUUGCAGCGACAGACUGGUUCCGAACUGACUGGCUCAUCAGCCGAACUGGUUUCUGAGUCGGAUCAUCUGCAGAAAAACUUUAACCCAGACCAGUUCAGGAACCGGUUCGGACCCCAGGAAGCCAUGCUGGUCCAGUUGGACUCAGACUGCUGUUCCUUCCGAAACCUUAAGCCUCCUCGUCCUUCUACCCACAGGUCCCAGUGCUCCCAGUCCUCCCAGUGCUCCACCAUGAGCAUCCACCCCCGCAGGAUCCGCCUGAAGCCCUGGCUGCUGGCCCAGGUGAACAGCGGCAGGUAUCCGGGACUGCAGUGGCUCGGUUCGGAGCAGCGGCUCUUUCAGAUCCCAUGGAAACACGCGACCCGCCACACGCCGAUGUCGGAGGAAGAGAACACCAUCUUUAAGGCGUGGGCCGUGGAGACCGGGAAGUACCAGGAGGGCGUGGACGAACCGGACCCGGCCAAGUGGAAGGCGAACCUGCGCUGCGCGCUCAACAAGAGCCGCGAGUUCCGGCUCAGGUUCGACGGAACCAAGGAGACGCCGCUCCGCCCCUACAAGAUCUACGAGGUCUGCGACGGAACCGGCGCCGCAGACGGAGCCGAGGACGACGAUGAGGAGAUGCCGGACCUCACUGAUCUCUCCAUCAAACCUCGGAUCGAACCCGCCUCUUUUCCACCCUUCGGGUCGGCCCAGGUGAUCCCGAUGCCACUGCUGCCCCUGACCUCUGACCUCCAGCCUCGGGGUUCAAUGGCGGACCCGGGUAGCUUCGACCCGGCCGGACUCCAGAACCUGAACCCACGGUCCUCCACUCAGCCAGAAUGCAUGGAGGCCAGCAGCAUGGAGUCCGUCCAGAACCAGUCGGACCAUCAGAACCAGCAGUCCUGCAAGUACGACCUGCUGAGCAGCGUCCCACUAACAGAUCUGGACCUGAAGUUCUGGUACCGGGGCCGGGCCAUGGGCUCCCUGACAGUCAGCAACCCCCAGGGCUGCCGGCUCUACUACGGCCACCUGGAACCAACUCCGGAGCAGGUGGACCUGUUCGGUCCAGUCAGUCUGCAGCAGGUUCUGUUCCCGGGAACGGCAGAGAUCCAGAACCAGAAGCAACGGUUCUACACGGACGCUCUGCUGGACGUGAUGGACCGCGGUCUGAUCCUGGAGAUCCAGCAGCAGGACAUCUACGCCAUCCGCCUCUGUCAGUGCAAGGUAUUCUGGUCUGGCCCAGGAAUACCAGAACUGGGUCCACCCAACCCCAUGGAGCGGGAGAGGAGGAUCCGGGUGUUCAGCCUGAACGACUUCCUGCAAGGGCUCAUCUUGUUCCAGAAAGGUGAAGCCGCCAACCCGCCACCAUUUGACGUCUUCUUCUGCUUCGGAGAGGACUGGCCUGACAGGAAGCCCAAAGAGAAGAAGCUCAUCAUGGUCCAGGUGGUUCCGGUGGUGGCCCGGAUCCUCACGGAGAUGUUCUCCGGAGAACUGGCCUGGUCCACCGAUAGCAUCCGGCUGCAGAUCUCCAACCCGGACGUCAAGGACCAGACGGUGGAGCAGUUCAAGGAGCUGCAGCGGCUGCUCCAGAACCAACUGGGUCCAACCGGGCCCUGGGCCCCCGCUGGCUCUCUAGAGGCCCCUACUGGGUUCUCCAUGGGGACCAGCUGAUACCAGAACCUGGACCAGAACUCUGGGGUUCAACCUCUGUGACAUCACGAAGGGUUGGGUCGUUGGUGGACCAGAACCGACCAGAACUGUUUUCUUCUUUGCUGUCCAGGCAUUUGGUUCUGAAUACCUCCCAACUCUCAGUCCGGGUUCUGCUUGCCUGCCCGGUCCCACGUGCUGACCCAGAAGGUUCUGGUUUCUUCCUGAAGGUUUUUAUUUGGACUUUGGCUGCUUCAGGCUCUGGUUCUGACCGAACCCAGACCUGGCUUCUGAACCAGGCCUGUCCACACAGAACCUGCUCAUCACAGUUCCAGGUAGUUUGGUACCGGUUGGUCAGUGCGACCUGAACCAGAGACAGAACCAUAGUUCUUGUUCUGGUCUGUGGGGAAUUCUUUAGCGGUUCAGGAACUCUUCUAGAACCGAGUCAGUCAGACCCGAUUAAUCGAUUUCCAUCUGGCAAGUCCGGUACCACCAAGUGUCCAAGUCAGAACCGCUGCAGUAUUCUGCUGCUGGUCCAUCAGAACCAAAUCUGCAUUUCAUUAUUGAUUGUUCAGUUUGCUCUCUGGCGCCGUCCAGAGGACGGACCGGGCCCUGCAGCAGGAACCAGUCUAACCAGAACUCCCAGUCUCAGGAGAGGAUGACCUCACCCUUCAUCAGGUGGGGUCAGCUUACAGAAACACCUGAGCUCAGGUGUUAAUGCCCCCCGGUUACUGGUUAGACCGGUUCCCAGUGUGUCUCCCUUUCUAAAACCACAGAAGAAGAAGCAGAGUGUUUUCAGCUGUUUUAUUGUUUACAGCAAGGCUACAUCACCACUGAUGUCAUGGUGUCAGUCCGCCUCAUUACCCACAGUCCUCUCUGUUUCCAUUCAUGGAAAAACAACUAAAAUAAACCAAAGAUAAAAGGUCAAAGGUGACGCCAAAUCCUCCAGCGUUCCGCCACGCGGCCCAAAGCAUCAUGGGGAAUUUUUUGGCUCUGUUUUUUGGCACAGACAGAAACAUCUUGACCAAAGUCCCAAAAAUAAAUCUCUUAAAAACAGUUGA